UUGUGUACUUGUACCAUCUUACUUCUCACUUCUUAAUAGACAAACAAUGUUUCUUAGAGCUAAAUCCCAAAAAUAUAAAAUCUCCCGCUUUUUCACCAUUGAAGCAACAAAACAAGCUUUCAAUAAUCAACAAGAAUGUUUUCCCAUUACUCAACAACUCUUAUUCCUCUUGAAAAAAUGCAUUACAAUCAAACAAGUACAACAAAUCCAUGCCCAAAUGUUAAUUUACUCUAUAGACAAAGCCAACUUUUUGCUUUCAAGAAUAAUAGACCUCAAGAAUUUCGACUAUGCUACUCUUCUUUUUUCACAUAUUCAUAGCCCCAAUGAGUAUGCAUUUAAUAUUAUGAUAAGAGGGUUAACUACAACAUGGCAAAAAUUUGAUCUUUCUUUAGAAUUUUAUCACAAAAUGAAGUCUUUAGGUUUGAAAACUGAUAAUUUUACCUACCCUUUUGUGUUUAUGUGUUGUGGGAAUCUUUUAGCUGUGAAGCUUGGUGGAUUAGCUCAUUGUGAGGUUGUGAAAAAUGGGUUGUUUGUGGAUUUUCAUGUUGGUCAUUCUUUGAUUACUAUGUAUUCACGUUUUGGGAAAAUGGGUUUUGCAAGGAAGGUGUUUGAUGAAAUUUCACUGAGAGAUUUGGUUUCGUGGAAUUCGAUGAUUUCGGGGUAUGCUCAAACGGGUUGUUCAAGAGAGGCAGUGGGAUUGUUUAUGGAAAUGAGGGAUGAGGGUUUUGAACCUGAUGAGAGGAGUCUUGUGAGUGUUCUUGUGGCAUGUGGGGAUUUGGGAGAUGUGAAUUUGGGAAAGUGGGUGGAGGAGUAUGUUGUGGGGAAGAGAAUGGAGAUGAAUUCUUUUAUUGGUUCAGCUCUGAUUAACAUGUAUGGAAAGUGUGGAGAUUUGGUUUCUGCUAGAAGGAUCUUUGAUGGCAUGAAGAAGAAAGAUGCCAUCACUUGGAAUGCAAUGAUUUCAGGGUACGCACAAAAUGGGUUGUCCGAUGAAACAAUCUCUUUGUUCAAUGCCAUGAAGGAGGCAGGAGUUAACCCAAAUAAUAUCACACUGGUAAGUGUUCUCUCUGCAUGUGCUUCAAUUGGAGCCCUGGAUGUCGGAAAAAGCAUCGAUGACUAUGCAUCAAGAAGAGGAAUAAAGUAUGACAUAUAUGUAGCUACGGCCUUAAUUGAUAUGUAUGCAAAAUCCGGCAAAUUGGAUGAUGCGUAUCAAAUAUUUGAAAGCAUGCCUAGAAAAAAUGAAGUCUCUUGGAAUGCAAUGAUUUCUGCUCUUGCCUUUCACGGAAGAGCACAAGAAGCAUUAUCGCUAUUUGAGCGCAUGUCACUCAAGAGUAGUGAUGCCCGACCAGAUGAUGUCACGUUUGUUGGAGUACUCUCAGCAUGUGUACAUGCAGGGUUGGUUGAUAAAGGGAAGUACAUCUUUGAUAUAAUGAACUCAUCAUUUGGAUUGGUUCCAAAAGUUGAGCAUUACUCUUGCAUGGUUGACCUUUUGUCUCGUGCUGGUCGUGUAUAUGAGGCAUGGGACUUCAUUGAGAAGAUGCCUCAAAAACCAGAUGAAAUUUUACUUGGUGCAUUGCUUGGUGCCUGUCAAAAGCUCAAAAAUAUUGAUGUCGGGGAACGAGUGAUGCAGCUACUCCUUGAGAUGGAACCGUCAAAUUCGGGUAAUUAUAUAAUAUCGUCCAAGAUAUAUGCAAACCUCCGAAGGUGGGAUGAUUCAGCUAGGAUGAGACAAUUAAUGAGACAAAAAGGUGUGACGAAAAUUCCAGGCUGUAGCUGGAUUGAGAUGGAUUCUCAACUUGUUGAAUUUCGUGCUGGUGAUUCGUCACAUCCAAUCAUAGAUGGGAUUCAACAAGCACUAGACUUGUUGUACGAGGAGAUGACCAUUGAAGGUUAUGUUCCAAAUGUGAAUCUUGUGUAGAAAGGUUGUUGCGAGAGAUAAACCAGCUUUGAUGAAACAGCUUCUUUUCUAUUAAAUAAACUUCGAUUUUCAAGCUUGGGUCACUCCUUUUAGAUCUCUUGACAUGUAGAUAACUUUGCAGCAUGGAUUGUUGGAUAGGCCACCCGAUACCUCUAUGACGUUGUUAGGGCUUGAACUGAAUGCAUGAUCAGUUUGUUGGAUUCAGUGAUCCGCAUACUUCCGUGUGAAGUCUGACUUGCCAGGAUCCUUUUGUGCUUGCUUUGACACCAAAUGAGAAACUAUAAAUACAGGAACCAGAAAUGGUAACUGGACAAAUCAAUUUCACAAAAUGAUCAAGCAAGAAGCAAUUCAAUCUCAGCCACACCGAGUGCAUAGUAAGAUCCCUCUCUCAAAGUAUACAUAUUUUGCUGGACAACACGGAAAUUUGCUGCUCCUUGACGCCUUGCUUGAUGUUCUUAUGUUGACUAAAGAGUGAAAGUUCAGGAAAUUGUAGCGAGUAGUCCCCUCCCCUUCCAACACCCCC